AUGGCAGUUGACACGCUGACAAUGACGACUCAAUGCAAAGGCUGCAGUAAUGGCAUCAAAAGACCUGAAGGCAGGCACUCAUCUGGGAUGGCCGAUAAUCAGUUCUAUCGCAUCGACCUUCAUACACAUGUCAUGCCACGGACCUUGCCACAGCUGUCCGACUCUGAACAAAAUGGAACUCAAUCAAACUCAUGGAUUGAACUAAAGCCGUCGCCAGUGGAUGAAAAAUCAGUUGAUAUAUAUGUCGAUUCCAAACAUUUCCGAACUGUCCAAGACAACUGUUUUGACCCGAAAGUACGCCUAAGGGACAUGGACCAGUCUGGUGUCCAUGUCCAGGUAUUGAGUACAGUUCCGAUUCUAUUCUUCUACGACAAGCCGGGCAAAAUGGUCGCCCACUUAGCCCGGGCGCUCAAUGAUCACCUGUCGCAGGUGUGCACAGAAUACCCGACCAGAUUUGUUGGCCUUGCGACGGUUCCACUGCAAGACGUGCAAGCAUCUGUGAAAGAGCUGAAGCGAGCAAAAUACACCCUCGGACUAAAGGGCGUCGAGAUCGGAACGACAGUUGGUGAUAUGAACCUUGACGACCCCAGGUUGGACCCUUUUUGGGCUGCCUGCCAAGAGUUAGAUAUGCCAGUCUUUGUCCAUCCGCUAGGCUACUCUCUGCUCAAAGAAAAUGAACACCGAUGGGGCCAGUAUUGGUCUUCGUGGUUGAUCGGAAUGCCAUGUGAGACAGCCUUAUCAAUGCUCGCCUUGACAUCCUCAGGUCUCCUGCUGCGAUACCCCGGAUUGCGCUUCUGCUUUGCCCACGCGGGAGGCGCAUUCCCAACUCUAAUGGGAAGAAUAGAACACGGAUACAACUGCAGGCCAGACUUGGUCGCUUCAAGAGCAGGCGGCCGAAGUCCCUCAGACCACCUUAGCUCAGGCGACAAUCUCUGGAUAGACAGCCUAGUCCAUGACCCGGAUCUCCUAGCAUACCUCUGCAAGAAGAUAAGAGUCGAUCGCAUUCUCAUGGGGAGUGACUAUCCUUUCCCACUUGGCGAAGUCCCUGAAGCCGGCAAGAUGUUGACGUCUGAUGGAUCAUUGUCUGAGUUUCUGUCAACGGAGCAACGUGCUAUGAUGCUAGCUGGAAAUGCCAUCGACUUUCUGAAGUUGGAUGAAAGAUUCCAGAAUGCAUAUAAAGAUAGUUUGAGAGACUUAUUGGACCGAGCUGGUGUCUGUUUGGCUAAUUAA